CCGGCAUGCACGUUAUAACAAACAACUGCUCAACUGGAAAAAGCUAUGGCUAAUUUAGCAAUCAUCUGCUUCUUGCUUCUUACUGCUACUGGUACAGGCCGAAAUUGCCGUCUUGCCGAGGGAGCACAGCGAAGGAUCCACAUUUCCGACGAUCUCGACGACGUCGUCGAUGACGAGGAAGACGAGGCCUGGAGAGAAUGGGGCAAGAAGAAAACCACUCGACCCGAAUUCGACCCGCCGCCCAAGGAUUUCAGCGAUAUGGAUCCCUCUCAGAUGCAAGCUGAAAUGAUGAAGCGCCAGUUCGGACCCGUUUUUGGCUUCGCCAAGCUCCGACUCGGCACCCGUCGGACUCCGGAAAUGGUUUCUGAAAUUGCAAUGAAAUGGACCAAACUUGCAAGGACUGGGGCAAUUGAUGCAAAGUUUAUGGCCGUUGAUGUGAGCACCAUCAUGUUCACUAUGGAAAGAGGUCAAGACACUCUAGAGUUGAAGGAGUUCUUAUUGAGCCAACCAGAAGCAUAUGAAAUCAAAAUAGGAGACCAACUUUUUCGAAGACCCGGGGAUCCUCCAUUCGAAGAAGCAUUUGAGAAACACAAAAAUGAUCCUACACAAACAAAAGCAGAAGACCCACACAAAGAGCUGUAAUAACAAGAAACUGUCCCUUCUUCAUUUGGACUUGCCUUCUAUUUUCACUCUUACAAUAUAGUACAAACUUAUACAGAUAAAGAUCCCACAUGUUCAUAUUUGAGUUACAGAACAGUGUUUUUCAUUA